AUGCUUCUGGGUCUGUGUGAGGUUGUGGCUGGUGAGAGAGAGACAGUUUACAGAGCUACUGGGAGCUUCCUGAAUUUAUCACUGAACCAUUCAAAACAAUCAGUGUCAUGGGUUGAUUGGGAAUACAAUCAGAAAACUUUCUAUAAGUACUCAAGCCCUAAUUAUUCAGUUGUGGAAAGAAAGUUCAGUGGAAGGGUGAAGGAGAACCAGAUUCAGAUUGGAGUAACUGUUCAAGAUCUUAAACCCAGCGACUCUGGAUUGUUCACCAUUGUUGCAGAAGCAAAAGGACCUGCAAAACAGCUUCCAACUCAAGAAUUUGAAGUGUUUGUUCAAGACUCCAUAACCAGUGUUAAGAUUGAGAAGAAUCAGACGUGGCUGGUCUUCACGAACAGCUGUAUGAUUAGUGUGAGUUGUGAAGCACUUGGAGCUGAGAGCGUCUCCUACAGGUGGAGCGGAUAUAAAGAUGAUGAUGGAGCUCAGCUGAACUUCAGUCUCUCACCAGCAGAAGAAGAAGUUACACUGAACUGCACUGCAGCCAACAAAGUCAGUACCAGCUCUGCUACAGAGAGACUCACCUGUACACAACUUAUACACACUGAACCAGAUAGAAGAAUUGAAACGUGGAUUGCUGCUGCAGCAGGAGGGGGAGCGGCUGCUCUUACUCUUCUGAUUAUUGCUCUGUGCUGUUGGAGGAAAUUUCGCAAAAGGUGGUCAUCAUGA